GUUUUAGCUUGUGUGAGUGUAUUUGACUCUUGAAAAGAAAUGAGAUCGUGUUUCAUUUCAGGAAGAUAUAUGCAUCAGGAUAAUUUCUGUCUUCUUUUGUAUUAUCAAGGAGAUAUUUGGAGCAGAGUCAACCCUCUCAGUUACAUAAAAUAAAAAAUGGCAUAUUCUUGGCAAACAGAUCCAAAUCCCAAUGAAUCACAUGAAAAGCAGUAUGAACACCAAGAAUUUCUCUCUGUAAAUCAACCCCAUUCUUCUGGCCAAGUCAGUCUGGGUUUUGAUCAGACAGUAGAUGAGAUCAGUGACAAAAUUCCACGCUACAAGAAUGAAAUUGAUGAGAACACCUUUUCUGUGCCCAGUGCACCAGAAUGGGACACAAAAGGGCAUUCAUUAAACAAAACACACCAAAUAUCUUUGAAUGAAUUCACUUCUAAAAGCCCUGAACUCUCCUGGCAUCAACUUAGAAAAGCACCAGUAAUUGGUUUUAGUCCUUCUGUGUUACCAAACUCCCAAAAUAUGAAUAAAGAAUGCCCCUGGGGAAACCCCAUAGGAAAACAUCAUGGUGCUGAUGAUUUCAGAUUCAAUGUUUUAGCUCCAUCAUUCACAAGUCUGGAUAAAAUUAAUCUACAGAAAGAAUUAAGAAAUGAAAAUCAUAACUGCCAUAUAGGAUUUGAAAGUAGCAUUUCUCCUACAAAUUCAUCCUUCUUAACUGACUUCAUGCAGAAAGAAGAUAACAAAAGAAGUGGACAUAUGAACACUGUAGAACCCUCUUUGAUGCUUUUGAAAGGCUCUCUUCAAGCCAGGAUGUGGGAAAGUACAUGGCAGGAGAACAUAGAGUCAAUAGGUUGUUCCAUUCAGCUAGUGGAAGUACCUCAAGGCAGUAAUAUGAGUCUGGCCUCUUUCUGCAACAAAGUAAAAAAAAUCAGAGAAAGAUAUCAUGCAGCUGACGUUAAUUUCAACUCUGGGAAGAUUUGGAGCACUACUACAGCAUUUCCGUAUCAGCUCUUUUCUAAAACCAAGUUUAAUAUACGUAUUUUUACUGAUAGCUCAACACAACCACUUCAUUUUAUGCCAUAUGCUAAUUAUCUUGUCAAAGACCUAAUUACAGAAAUUCUGCAUUUUUGUACAAAUGACCAGCUACUUCCCAAGGAUCAUAUUUUAAAUAUAUGUGGCUCUGAAGAAUUUUUACAAAAUGAUCACUGUUUGGGGAGCCACAAAAUGUUUCAAAAAGAUAUACCUGUUAUUCAACUCCAUCUCCAGAAAAGUAGGGAAGCUCCUGGAAAGUUAUCUCGAAAGCAUGAAGAUGACCACUGCCAGUUUUAUCUGAACCAAUUUCUAGAAUUUAUGCAUAUUUGGAAAGUAUCCAGACAAUGUCUCUUAACUCUCAUCAGAAAAUAUGACUUCCACCUGAAAAACCUAUUGAAAACCCAGGAAAACAUGGAUAUUAUUGAAGAAGUUAAAAAAAUAUGCAGUGUUCUGGGGUGUGUGGAAACCAAACAAAUUACAGAUGCAGUAAAUGAACUAAGUCUGAUUCUUCAGAGAAAAGCAGAGAAUUUUUAUCAAAGUUCAGAGACUUCAGUAAAAGGCUUGAUAGAGAAGGUAACAACUGAACUAUCCACAUCUAUCUACCAGCUAAUCAAUGUCUAUUGUAACAGCUUUUAUGCAGAUUUUCAGCCUGUAAAUGUAUCUAGAUCCAUAUCCUGUCUAAAUCCUGGGCUUCCUUCCCACCUCAGCUUUACAGUAUAUGCCGCACAUAACAUUCCAGAAACCUGGGUGCACAGCUACAAAGCAUUUUCUUUUACCUGUUGGCUUACGUAUGCUGGAAAGAAGCUGUGCCAAGUGAGAAACUGCAGAAAUAUUCCAGUCAAGAAACUAUUUUUUUUCUUGGUCAACUGGAAUGAAACGAUCAAUUUUCCUCUUGAAAUAAAGUCACUUCCAAGGGAAUCCAUGCUCACUGUAAAACUGUUUGGGAUUGCCUGUGCAACCAACAAUGCAAAUGUAUUGGCGUGGUCUUGUCUUCCAUUGUUUCCAAAAGAAAAAUCCAUUCUCGGGUCUAUGUUAUUCAGCAUGACAUUUCAGAGUGAGCCUCCCAUAGAAAUGAUAGCUCCAGGAGUGUGGGAUGUAAGUCAGCCAUCCCCAGUGACCCUGCAGAUUGAUUUUCCAGCUAUUGGGUGGGAGUUUAUGAAACCUGAUUCCGAAGAGAAUAGAAGUAAUCUUGAAGAGCCACCAAAGGAACAUUUAAAACAUAUUGCCAGACUUUCACAGAAACAGACUCCCCUACUACUCUCUGAAGAAAAGAAAAGAUAUUUAUGGUUUUAUCGCUUCUACUGCAAUAAUGAAAACUGCUCCCUUCCUCUGGUCCUGGGUAGUGCCCCUGGAUGGGAUGAAACGACUGUGUCAGAAAUGCAUACCAUUUUGAGAAGAUGGACAUUUUCUCAACCUCUAGAAGCCCUUGGGCUUCUGACUUCCAGUUUUCCAGAUCAAGAAAUUCGUAAAGUGGCAGUUCAACAAUUAGACAACCUCUUGAAUGAUGAACUACUGGAAUAUCUCCCACAGCUAGUUCAGGCUGUCAAGUUUGAAUGGAACCUUGAGAGUCCUUUAGUGCAACUUCUACUCCACCGCUCCUUGCAAAGCAUCCAGGUUGCCCAUCGUCUUUACUGGCUGCUAAAGGAUGCAGAAAAUGAAGCUUAUUUUAAAAGCUGGUAUCAGAAGCUACUAGCCGCUCUCCAAUACUGUGCAGGAAAAGCCUUGAGUGAUGAGUUUUCCAAGGAGCAGAAACUUAUCAAAAUUCUGGGAGAUAUUGGGGAAAAAGUCAAGUCUGCUAGUGACCAUCAAAGACAGGAGGUACUGAAGAAAGAAAUGGGCAGACUAGAAGAGUUCUUUCAAGAUGUAACUACUUGUCAUCUUCCUCUGAACCCUGCCCUAUGUAUAAAAGGGAUUGACCAUGAUGCAUGUUCAUAUUUUACAUCUAAUGCUUUGCCAUUGAAGAUUACUUUCAUCAAUGCUAAUCCAAUGGGCAAAAACAUUGGCAUUAUUUUUAAGGCUGGAGAUGAUCUUCGUCAGGAUAUGCUUGUUCUGCAGAUUAUUCAAGUGAUGGACAAUAUUUGGCUGCAGGAAGGCUUGGAUAUGCAAAUGAUCAUUUAUAAAUGUCUAUCCACAGGAAAAGACCAAGGAAUGGUGCAGAUGGUACCUGAUGCUGUGACCCUGGCAAAGAUUCAUCGCCAUUCUGGACUGAUAGGACCAUUGAAAGAAAAUACAAUCAAAAAGUGGUUCAGUCAGCACAACCAUUUAAAGGCAGAUUAUGAAAAGGCCUUGAGGAAUUUUUUCUACUCCUGUGCUGGCUGGUGUGUGGUAACAUUCAUCCUGGGAGUAUGUGACCGUCACAAUGAUAACAUCAUGCUGACAAAGUCGGGACACAUGUUUCACAUUGAUUUUGGAAAAUUCUUAGGUCAUGCACAAACAUUUGGAGGGAUAAAAAGGGACCGAGCUCCUUUUAUUUUUACUUCAGAGAUGGAAUACUUUAUUACAGAGGGUGGGAAAAACCCACAGCAUUUUCAAGAUUUUGUGGAGCUUUGCUGUCGUGCUUAUAAUAUUAUCAGAAAGCACAGCCAACUGCUCUUGAACCUGCUAGAAAUGAUGCUGUAUGCAGGACUGCCUGAGCUAAGUGGAAUCCAAGACCUGAAAUAUGUAUAUAAUAAUCUUCGUCCGCAAGACACAGACCUGGAAGCAACAAGUCAUUUUACCAAGAAAAUAAAGGAAAGUCUGGAGUGUUUCCCUGUUAAAUUGAAUAACUUGAUCCACACGCUUGCACAAAUGUCAGCCAUAAGCCCUGCCAAAUCUACUUUGCAGACUUUUCCCCAGGAGUCCUGUUUGCUGAGUACAACUAGGUCGAUUCAAAGAGCAACAAUUUUAGGGUUCAGCAAGAAAUCCAGUAAUCUGUAUCUGAUCCAGGUGACACACAGCAACAAUGAAACAAGCCUGACAGAAAAAUCAUUUGACCAGUUUUUAAAACUUCACAGCCAACUUCAGAAGCAGUUCGUAUCACUGACUCUCCCAGAGUUUCCUCAUUGGUGGCACCUACCUUUUACAAAUUCAGAUCACAAAAGAGUCAGAGAUCUAAAUCAUUAUGUGGAGCAGAUAUUAAAUGGAUCAUAUGAAAUUGCAAACAGUGAUUGUGUACUUAGCUUUUUCCUCUCUGAGGCUGUGCAACAAACAAUUGAAGAAUCAUCACUUGUGUACCUAGGUGAGAAGUUUCCGGACGAGAAGCCUAAGGUGCAGUUAGUCAUAUCCUACCACAAUGUGAAGCUGACCAUACUAGUGAAACACAUGAAAAACAUUCAUCUCCCAGAUGGCUCUGCGCCCAGUGCACAUGUUGAAUUUUAUCUUUUACCAUAUCCCAGUGAAGUUCGUAGGAGGAAAACAAAAUCUGUUCCAAAAUGUACAGACCCCACUUACAAUGAAAUUGUAGUAUACGAUGAAGUCACAGAGCUCCAAGGACAUGUCUUAAUGCUUAUUGUGAAGAGCAAAACUGUAUUUGUGGGAGCAAUUAACAUCCAACUCUGUAGUGUCCCACUCAAUGAAGAAAAAUGGUAUCCAUUAGGAAACAGUAUAAUUUGACCAUUGCUAUGAACAUAUGCAUUAUUCAUUAACUACUUGUAUUUUUUUCACUUCUGGGCCUCUGAAUUGUAAAAGCAAGGCAUCUUUGUUGUCAAAAAUAGCACAGGGUAUUAGGGACCCAGAAAAAGAAAUAAGAAUUAGUCUUUUGUGUUGUUUAUUUUCUACCUUUGAUUUCAUUGUUUUCCAUAAUCUUUGUCAUUCAAAGGAGUGCUGAUGGCAUGAAAUUUGAUGUGCAAAAUAAUAAAAGACAUUUAUUAAAUAAUUUUAAUAUAUUUAAAAUUAAA